AAAAAUUGCUAUACUUAAAAAUUACACUUAUUUCAUUUUCUAUUUAAUUCAUAUUGGAUUAACAUAUUUAUUAAUAUAUUUAAACUUUAGUUAUUUAAUUAGAACGAACGUAAUUUUUUUCAUUAGGGAAUGAUUCCCGGCUUCAGUCAAGAUUUUAUGUCGAAAGGUACAGAACAAGAGUCUAUGGCAAGACUAAAACGUAUAAUGACCAUCAUGGAUAGUAUGAAUGAUUCAGAAUUGGACAACAGAGAUGGUGCAAAAUUAUUUAGUAAACAACCAGGUAGAAUCACAAGAGUGGCACAAGGUUCUGGAGUGACUGAAAAAGAAGUCAAAGAUGUAAUUACUCAAUAUACAAAAUUUGCAGCAGUUGUAAAGAAAAUGGGUGGUAUCAAAGGAUUAUUUAAAGCAGGAGAUAUGUCUAAAAAUGUAAAUUCAAUACAAAUGGCAAAAUUAAAUCAUCAAAUGGCAAAAAUGAUGGAUCCUAGAGUUCUACAUCAAAUGGGAGGUAUGCCAGGAUUACAAAAUAUUAUGAAACAACUUCAACAGGGUGCAGCGGGAGGACCCUUAAUGAUGUGAAUGUAGGAUUACCAGUACCUGCUUUAUAUUUAAGUUUAUGUACAUCAAGUGUCAUUGAAUCAUUUCGUAUCGAGAUGCAAACACAGGAUAGCGAAAGUUUCAUACGAAAUGCUGUGCAAAACGUUUAACAUACGCGUGAAAUCACUUUAUAUACUUGCACAUUGCAAAAUAUUUCAUGCACGACUUUCGCUGUCAUGUAUUUGGUUAGUGAAAAAUGAUACAACAACACUUGAUAUAUAGAAAAUGUUUAUCGUAGAGAUGUUAAGUUGCAGGCAGGUGAUUUUACUCAAAUGAAUGUUUAAGUAAAAUUAUAUUUGAUAAUAAAGUAAUAAUAUAAUAAUCAAAUGA